UGUCUUAGAAGUCGAGGUCGCGUAGGAAAACAGUAAAGGCUUCGCUAAGUCUUCACAAACUUUAAAGAAUUCUAGGAUAUACUGUUUUUUAUUGUUAUUUUUCGAUUGUGUUGGAAGUGUCCGUAAUCAAUACAUAAGUUUAAUAAAAUUCCAAUUGUUUACGCGCAACGAUAGAUUUCCCAAUCAAGAAAUAGAUAUGCUCUUUAGAUGGAUUUAUAAAGAUCUCAACAGUUGGUGGGCUACGAAUUUUAACGUAAAUAAUCCGACAAAAAUAAUCGUCCAUGGGUGGCAAUCAGGACCCGAUUUCUAGCCACUAGUUGCUAUAAAGGAGAAUUAUUUGACCCAAGGUGACUACAACGUCAUCAUGAUGAAUUGGUCGGCUAUUGCUGCCAGCGAUUAUGUAACUGCGGUAGCAAGCCUUGGAUAUGUUGCAAUUGAUCUCGCGAAAAUGGUUUCAAUGUUGAGAAGGGAAGGGGUCCGAGACAUCCAUGCGAUUGGUUUCAGUUUAGAGGCUCAUGUCACAGAAAUCGCAGGCUACUACCUAGGAAAAGAUACGUUCAACAGAAUAACUGGUUUGGAUCCAGCGAAGCCAUUUCUAAUGAAUGUUCCUUUAAAAGAUAAAUUAGAUGCUACCGACGCUCAUUUCGUAGACGUCUAUCACACAGAGACGAUUAUCGAAGGGAAAAAUGAAAAAUGUGGACAUGUUGAUUUUUAUGUCAAUUGGGGAGGGAUACAACCUGGUUGUGGUAGUCUUAACAUAGUUUGCAGCCAUCUUAAGGCCCCGAUCUACUUUGCAGAGUCCAUCAUUUCAAACAUCGGAUUCUGGGGAUUCCCUAUUGAUUUUCUUAAACUGAUACAAACACGGAGCCCAUGGAUACUUGCUGGUGAAUAUGUUGAUAAGAACGCUUUUGGAAGCUACUACGUUGGUACUAACUCACACUAUCCUUAUGCCAAAGGACGUAGCUUUUAGACAAUACUAUAUGUUUUUUACCGAGUAAAGAUAAAAUUAUG